AUAUCAACAACCCUACUCGGCGCUGGUCGAUUGACGUGUCUAGCUGAUGAUCGUGCAACGUUAGUUAUUUUGCAUAUUUCAUUAUAAGAAUUAUUUUUUGAAAAUAUACGCUUGCUGUCAUCGAAUAUUACGGCAAAAAAAAAAUAUAAAAUCAUGCAGUUGUUAGUUAAGAGUAUUUUUAUUGUUCUGUUUGUGACUCAAUUCGCCAGCGCACUUUAUUUUCAUAUUGGAGAAACCGAGCGCAAAUGUUUCAUCGAAGAAAUCCCAGAUGAAACAACCGUAAUAGUUAACUAUAAAGUGGAAUUGUAUGACCCUAGAAGCGGAGGGUUUAUGCCAUCCUCACCAGGAAUCGGAAUGCACGUCGAAGUUAAAGAUCCAGACGAUAAAACUAUUUUAUCACGAGUGUACAGUUCUGAAGGACGCAUAUCUUUUACAUCGCAUACUCCUGGAGAACAUGUAAUCUGCAUGUAUUCGAACAGUACUGCUUGGUUUAGCGGAUCUCAACUCCGAGUACAUCUAGACAUUCAAGUUGGUGAACACGCGAUUGAUUAUGCAAAUGUGGCCCAAAAAGAAAAGCUUACCGAACUGCAAUUACGUAUUCGACAAUUACUGGACCAGGUCGAUCAAAUAACUAAGGAGCAGAAUUACCAACGGUAUCGUGAAGAACGCUUCAGGCAGACAAGUGACAGCACGAACCAGCGCGUUUUAUGGUGGUCAUUGGCACAAACUCUUGUUCUGGUCAUUAUGGGGUUGUGGCAAAUGAAGCAUCUAAAAAGCUUUUUUGAGGCGAAAAAAUUAGUUUAAUAGUCAUUUGAGUUAAUAAAGUCUCCUUCCUAAAAGCAUA